AUGGACGAACUUCUGCGGCUUCGCGAUGUUUCUGCACCCGAUCCGUACUACCACUCACAAAACAUCUUGAUUGUCAAUCCUUACCACUAUAAUCCACCACUUGCCGGUUUCAUAGGCCUUACUCGCGUGGAAGGGCCAUUUCUAUCAGAGAACUCGGAAGAGUGCAGUAUAUCAACACGGCUUCCCCGCGUACAGGGAGACGGCAGUACGGAGAAUCUGUGUUCCAUUCAUGUACUUUCGGAUAACCGUACAGGCUCUGAUCGUUGCAUAUUCUACUUGACGUGGUGCAAGCUCACUCAAUUGAUACACCUCGCCCUUCAGCCCCUCGACAACUGUCAUGUUUUCGUCAACGGUGACCUCUUGGAUCCUAGGACGAAGCGUCCAUUGAAUUAUGGCGAUUAUGUCGAGAUCAGGGAGCUCGCCAGCGGAAAGCGCUGGGUAUUUCAAUACUGUGUUACGGCGCUGUUCCAUGACCAAACGCGUAGAGAACCUUACACGCUGAUUCGAAAGCUCGGGACAGGCGGACAGGGCUCUGUCUACGAGUGUGAGGAGCCAGUUACUAAGCAACGCGUAGCCAUCAAGAUCACUCGACGAGCUGGGCAUCGGCGAACGAACUAUCUUCCAAGUUUCGACGCGCUUCGUGAACUGUUCAUGCUGCAUUUGCUCUGGGAGCCUCGCUCUGUCCAAGAAUAUCGUCGGGCCUUUCCAUUGAAGGGCCCGUUGGCUCGGUUCUCAAGCGCGAUGCCCUCGAUACCUUUCAUUUCUUCCAGUGGAGGCUGGUUUGCAUGGGGGUACGACCAUGUUGUACUUCCCCUAGCCGUGGGCGACCUCAAACAGUGGGUUCUCAGCACGAUAUCGUCAACAGGUCGUCCUCCCAACGAUCCGCAAGUGUGUAACGUGGCGAUCCAGGUUUUCGACGCGCUUCGAUACCUACACCGGAAGGGGCUUGUUCAUAACGACAUAAAGCCCGAUAACAUACUUGUGAUGGACAACACCUUCUACCCGCACGUGGUUGUGAGCGACUUGGGGCUUUGCACAAACACUUGGGAGCUCCAGGCUCUGAUUAAACAGACGCAAGAUGCCCUUGGGACACGCAUGUACCGGCCCCCGGAAGCGACAAAAUCUGUUACUCGACCGUACCCAAUCAGCAGCCAGAAAGCAGAUAUCUGGGCAGCUGGUCUCAGCCUUUACUUCACCAUGACCGGACGCAAUCUCUUGCCCAAAAGAGAAACCACUGUUCCUUUGGAGCACUAUACGGAUCAGACUUUCACACAGCACUGGAAGACGUUGCGGAAGGCCCACGUCCCGGAGAGGGCAAUCAGCUUCAUCAAACGUUGCUUAGAUCUUGACGCAGAAAAACGCAUGUCCGCCAUGCACGCUUUCAAACUGACCUGGUUCAAGCAGUUCGAGCCCAUUGAACCGCAAGAUCAAGCAUCAAUACCACUGGCCUUCUCAUCAGCCGAGGUCGUCGUUCAGCCACUGCCGGAAACAGAGGAGGGUAGACAGAUAGUUGUCCCUGUCAAACGCCCUCACUCUGAGCGCACGCCGAGUAUUGUGGUCGACGGCAAAGGGAAGGCUCCCGCUCGCAAGCGCAGAGAAAUAGCUGCCUAA